UUUCAUGUUUUGUUUCCUUCGCAACAAAUGUCGGCUUUUCUCAGCUAGCUUACUUCGACACUAGCUCGCUUUCAGGUCCCGGCGGCACUUCCACACCAACCAACUCUCAACCCUAACUGCCGUUACCUCCCACAGUUGCCCCAACUUCGAUCGCUGUUCCACCAUCGGUGUCGUAGUCUUCCGCCACCGUUGGUCCGCCGCCGAACUUCCUAAGGAUACCAAUGGCUUAUAGACGAUGCCUCUUGAAAAGAGGGAACCUUGUAGACUGGAAGUGUCACCCGUCUUUCAGUUAUGUACUCUACAGCGAUGAUGGGAAACACAAGCGCCCAGAAGAAAAAUCAUCCUCUGCAGCAAUCAGUACUUUUGUCCAAACAAGGUCCUUCGGGAGCUCCCUUAAUGGGUCAAUGGGGUUUGGUGCCUCUUCUAGAGCGCUUUCCAACACAUUCCUUUCCCCGUGCUCUGGAUAUAAUUUCUGCCGAUAUAUGUCGACUGUGAAUGAUGGAUCAGAUAAGAUUGAGAUGAUGUCCGACAUUGCAGAUGUACUUACUGACAAGACCGUUGAGACCAUAGCUUCUCAGGCUCCUGUUUUUAACGAGGUUGCCAUUGCUGCUGCUGAUUCGUAUUUGCCUGUGAAGUUGCUGCAGUAUGGGAUCGAUGCUGUGCAUACUUAUACCGGGUUAAACUGGUGGGCAGCCAUUGCUUUGGCAACCCUUGUGAUUCGAAGCGCAACAGUUCCGUUCUUAAUCUACCAACUUAAGGCUACAUCUAAGCUUACAUUGCUGAGGCCGCACAUGGAAGCGAUACGGGCUGAGAUGGAAUAUAAGGCUAUGGAUCCCGUAGCUGCAGCUGAAAAUCAAAAGAAGAUGAAGCAGCUGUUUAAGGAAUAUGGUGUGAAUCCGUUUACACCUUUGAUGGGACUCUUUGUUCAAGCACCUAUCUUUAUUAGCUUUUUUCUUGCGAUAUCAAACAUGGCUGAAAAGGUGCCAUCAUUUAAGCAUGGUGGAACCUACUGGUUUACUGAUCUCACUACUCCAGAUGCUUUAUAUGUUCUUCCUGUUUUGACUGCAUUGUCGUUCUUAAUAACAGUUGAGUGCAAUAUGCAAGAAGGCUUGGAAGGAAAUCCUGUGGCUGGUACCAUGAAAAAUGUCUCUAGGGGUCUUGCUGUUCUUACAGUUCCCUUCACCAUGGGGUUCCCAAAGGCCAUAUUUUGUUACUGGGUUACGUCAAAUUUGUUUUCACUUGUGUAUGGACUUGUGCUUAAAGUUCCUGGCAUAAAGAAAACUUUAGGUAUUCCUGAAAUAGUUGCUGCAAAACCUACCACUGCUCCAGAACCACAAUCUCCCUUUAAUGUAUUUCCAGCACUAAAAAAAUCCACAGCAGAAGCAACUGAGCCAAGCUCAUCACCAGUUGAACCAUCAAAACAUUCAAACAAAAAGAUUUCUUCUUCUGCUGUUCUCAGCCAAAGGCUCAAAAGUUUAGAGAAACAAGUGAAAGGAAGAAAGAAAAACCUCAAGAGGUGAGCCAAUACACGUGUUCCUUAAUUCGGCUCAAAUUGAUGCCGUAAAUGUGCCGAGAUUUAUUUAUAUUUGGUCAUCAUUAUAUGAUAUAGAAUUAGUAAUUUAUUCAACUUAGAGAGGGCAGAGGGAUAUAUUUUUUUGUGGCUAAUAAAUUUUGCUGAGGAGGUUCAAACUUUUGUUUAACGUGUAAUCUUACCUUAGAUUCGAGUGUAAUCUUGAUUAUCUUAUUUAAAACUCGGUCUUCACAAAAGGGGGACUUAACAAGGAUCUUUCAUAUUUGAUUAGAUAGUAUAUUAGUUUCCCAUUUGUGGCCAGACCAUGGCUAAUAUGGUCUCGUGUCACAUAUUAUUGGCAACUGAAAUCGAAUAAAAAGCCAAAUGGGUAGUCUACUGUCAACAUUUAUUCUCCAGCGGUGGCUUUCAACUUUCAUCUCUGCCAACUUGUCCGUUCUCACCGUAGUUUCUCCUCCCAAUUUUGAAGAUU